AUGGAUGAACUCAAACAUCAAGUCAUGAUUAACCAGUUCGUCCUGACGGCGGGUUGUGCGGCAGACCAGGCGAAGCAGCUUUUGCAGGCGGCACAUUGGCAGUUCGAGGUAAUAGAAACCCUGAAAACGAUAACGGCUUCAGGGUUUGAGGUGGCGGUUAGCCCAACAGCUUAUGUUUACGUUUAGACCAACCGUUAGCCCUGACUGGAGCUCGCCUGUCUGCCUCUUUCGACACUUUCGAGCCUCUUCAAUUUCCACACAAAACAAAGCUUUAGUGUUAGCCGAGUGUCCAUGUUAGUUGGCAGACAUUUGGCCCACUUUAAAACGAUAACUUUUGAACAUUUAAAGUGUGCAUUCUUUGCGCUAUAGCUUUUCUUAAAUCUCCAAGGGGGAGCACACGGUUACACAGUAGGAAGAAGCGUACAGCUAGCAUAUCCAAUUAGACUUUACUCUAGAUUAAAUACUAUAGUCCGACACAUGACAGCCGUGUUCAGGCGAGGCCAGCGAGUGCUAUUACGCAAUAAAGAUGACCACUGUGUUGUAUCGACUAGCCUACUUAAGACAGCUUGUUUAGUCUGCGGUUAACCGAAUGACGAAUGUACAUUUUUUGUAAUUUUCCUUCACGAUCAAACUCAUUUUAUUUCAUAAGCUUUCUUCUAGUCCGUGCAAGGCAGCUAUUUAUAGUCACUAUUGUUACUUCAUGCUACUCCUCUUCUAUGUGUUUUAUUGCAGACUGCCCUCAGUGCCUUUUUUCAAGAAACAAAUAUCCCAUAUGGUCAUCAUCAUCAAAUGGUGAGUACGUGGAGAAGCAGGCUGAUUAUUAUAAUAAUACACCCCACAAUUUCGUUAAUUGUUGUUUUCUAGUAUAUCGACACACCCUAGUGUAAGAUAAGAAGGCUUAUUUGUUGUUUUGGGUGGGAUGUGGAGUGAUGAACGGCCCCUAUAGGCCAAGAGAGAUGAUGUUGUACUAACAAUAACAAAGCACAUGUCGGCCAUGUUGUGAGCUUCCAGAAAUAAACACAGAGGCAGGCAUGCAGCGGCAGCAGCAGCCACACUGAAAGAGAGAGAGAGGGAGGAAGGCAGAGAGAGAGGGAACGAGAGAGAUAGAUAUGGAUAAGAAAAAAUCCUCGUUUGAAUUGUAUGAGUGAAGGAGAAUUACAAAUUAAAGAGUCCUUAAGACAGACAGACAGACAGACAGAUAGGAGGGGGAUGGCUGCAUCUCCUAAAACACCUUUUAGCACUUGCAUUUGCUCCGGUGUUAUUCUUCUGUUUCCCCUGAUUUGGUGUCUGCUGCCCUAGCUUGGCUCUCUAAUUGGGGACUUUUGAGGCCAAAGAAAUCGAAGCAGAGUGAAUUGAACGACAUCAGGGCUGUAGUAGACUCCCUCUCUCUCUUUCUCUCACACACACACACAAGGGUUGAACAUUAUGAAACACUAACAGUAUUUGGGCUUUUAGCAGCAGCCUACUUUGGCAGCACACAAGCCUUUGUUUGCAGCUGCAAUGCAUACAUGGCAGCAUCCAGUAACAGCAGACCUAUCCAAAAGCCUGACAUGACUGAGAUUUUGAUUAUGCUGAUGGUAUUUUUUUUAAGCUCAAAUUCUAUCUUUUUAUGUUCACUUGUUUGGCAUUCAUAUUGCCAAACACCAAAGCUUUGUAUUUCUAGGAAAAAUAGGAAGAGAUAUUGAGAGGAUAGAGGAUUUAUUUUCAUUUCAGCGAGAGUGAGUGUGUUCGGAUUUACAGCCUCUGAGCAGUGCAAUACUGCCAGUCAGCACACAGAGCUGAAUCAUGUUUAUCACAGCUUUAUUGUAAGACAGAGAGCCAGACUUCUUUUAUCAUCCGAUCGGUAAAUAAGGCAAUCUCAGUCCCCUAUUUAGCUCAUGAAAUGUCUCACUUUAAUUUAGAUAGUAAACAAUGUGUCGAGUGCUUCUGCUUUGUCUGCCAAAUAGGCCUGAGCUUGACGUCCGCAGACAUUAGAUAAUGGAAGUCACAAAGCACAGUACCUAAGUGUGCUUGUGUUGUUAUUGUUACAGGCAUGUUCUUGCAUAACCACUUGUUCAUGUUCCCUUUGUUCCACAUACCAGCAUGUGCUUGCACUCUUAAAGUGCAUGCAUUUGAACGGGUCUGUGUGUGUGAGUCACAGCAGUGGAGCUGCAUCCAGCUUUUCUGCAGCUUAUCAGACCUCAGCAUUCGUUGGUAUACAAAUCUAAUCCACUUUGCCCACUCUCUCACUCGCUCUGCUUUCAGUUUGGAGUAAACAUGGACAACCUUAGGUUCCAUUUUCUUUGUGUCAGUGUUUUGUGUUACAACACUAACUGCACUCAUCCUUGAGAUUGCUAUUUUGGCUAGAAGCCUCACCCCAACACUGAUGGCCCUAAACAGAUCGCCUGCAGACAUGCAGUUUUUGGCAGCAUGGCAGGUUGGGACGUCAUGUAGGUCACUUAGUUUAUAGAUGCAGCUCACUGAGCUGGAUUUUCCUAUUGUUUCCAAGGCCCCCAAAACAAUGUAUAAGGCCGACUAUGACAUGAUAAAUCACAUUCCCAUCAAAGUUUGGCAUUAUUGGUGAGAACCAUUUAGGAAACAAAGCACUGUUGGGGGGAAAAUGAACAUUAUCAGCAAACAAGGCUUGUCUGAUGAGUUUUUUGUAGCAGUUGAUGGGAUAGCGAUUGAGCCAUGUCUUGUCAGUUCUAAUUUGUGCAUGGUGUGAAGAGUUGUUCUGAUACUAAUACCGAUGUUGGUACAGCCGAAACGGUAGUUUCAGAUGUUGAUGGGUCUUUGCAUGGUGUCAUUUUUUUUACAAUAUCUGACUCCAAAAGCCAAAAUACAUUUUAAAGCAUUUUUUCACCUCUAAAUCAGCACAUCAGUCUGAGAAUAGCACAUAGCUAGAUAGCAUUUUACCUGACUGCAUCAAAACAGUGCAGUACCAUGGUGACUGUAAACAGGCCUCCACUGAAGGCUCUAUCUCAUAAGGAGAGUGUACACAUGCUGAGUGAGAAGGAGGGGUAGGCAGUUUCAUUACCGACAUUGGUGUCACGUUCUGACACAACAUGGAUUUUGCAAUACCAGUUUGAAUGUUUUGUUUUUUAUGAACACACAGUUGUGUUUUAGUGCGCAUACAACAGAGAUUUUUUCUCCUAAUACCCAUGCAGCCACUUUAGUGAAAGUUUAGGGUACAAGAGGCAUUUUUGACCACAUUGGACUCUGUUCUCCUCCCACUGUCCAUCUCUGACACUUCAGAACCGAGCCAUGCUGCCUCCUCCUUGUGAAAAAGCAGAUGUCUUUAUUUCAAUAAUAAAAGUGACUAGAGGGUUUUUUAGUUUGAUGUUAACAAGUAAAAGAGGGAAUGAGAUCUGCAUCUCUUUUACAACAUAUCUACCCCCUUGACAGAUGAUGACUACACUUAAAAAAUGUAGUCUUCUCAUUUUAGGCUGUUGAAGUACCUUUACAGACUCAAUGGCAUGUUUUCACCCAACCCAAACAGUAAAAUAAAUUAGAUCAACAAAAUAUGUGAACAGAAAUGCAGAAGAGGAAUUCAAAUUCGGAACACAGAUGUAGAAGCUACAACCUGCUGAGACUCAACAAAAUAAUUUAUUAAAAAAAGAAAAAAAUCCACCUCUGGUUUUAGGCAGACAUGAGUAUUUCAUCACAGGCUUGUUUUGUCUUGAUCCCCUUUUGCCAGAGCCAAAAUGUCUGAGAACAACUUUAAAAACUCCAACAUUUGAAAAGUAAAAAACAGAAAUCAAAAUGAGUUUCCUCAAUACAGACUUGGGUUAUCUUCAGAAGUCUCCCCUCCAAAUAAACAGACCCUGCAAUGAAAGAAGUGUAAACAAACAUAAAGCAGUUUCACUCCAAAACAACCGCUACCACAACAAUCCUUUUCAGCAGGCAGUAAGUAUUGCAUCCAAAAGAUCAUUUAUUCUUUCUUUAUUUUUUAAUCUUUUCCAGGAAUGAUUGGCUUCUGAGCUUGGUAACAAGUACAUUUCUCUAACAUUUACUUUCAGUAUAAGUUUCAUUGUAAGGAAGGGUUCAAUCUAUUCCACAGCAUAAACCUUUAACUGUUAUUUCACAUACAGCUGUUAGAAAUAAAAGCCCUUUGUAUUUCCGUCAUGGUUUAUAUACUUGUUUUUGACUUGUACUCUGUAUUAGCUGAUAUGUAAGCUCAGGCAUCUAGAAGAAGAAAAAAAAAUGGCAUCAGAACAUCUCGAGUUUACACCCUGUAUCACAUAUCAAGUAGUGACCUGAGUUGGCCUACUCAUCAGGACAGCCUUGUGUAAUGGUAAACGGUGCAGGAUUUAACUAAAGCUCCUGCCAUUAUUAUUCCUUCUACUAACAAUCCCUGACCCAGGGGAGUGCCUGUGCUUUGGCACACGAUGUGAAAGAGCAACAAUCUCUGCACAGGCACACAUUACAGACUGUUUGUAGUUGUGUGUGCAUGUGUGUGUGCCUAAAGUUUCUCUGUUGCUUGGAGCUUUACAUCCACAUGACGGGUCUUGAAUAGAUUUGUCCUCGUCUUUUUUUUAUGUAGCCAUCAAGGCUUAAUGUCCGUGUUCCAUGAUGGACACCCAGGCCUUUACUCAGAGUAACCCCUCCCUGCACACUCCUGGUUUUCUCUUCUACACACACCCUGCCUUUACAAACACUGCAACCGCAACACAUUCCUGUAGGAUGCAGCGCUCGCGCCGACCCAAAAUGGACCCUUUCACAGCAAAGGGGGCCGUCAGGACUAAAAUCACAGCACCCUGUCCUUUUCUUUACCCUUUAGACUUUCACUCCACCAGCUCCCUGACUAGAUCUUUCUCUUUCUAUUUACAGAAUCAUCCGCUUUUCUCAUCCCCUCUUUUUCAUCCACCUCAGACAGUGUUUCACAUGCAUGUUUCUAGCGCUGUAUGUUUGCUUCCAGCUGUUUCGUGCUAAAUUUCUCAUCAAACAUUUUCCUCAUGUGUCCGUGCCUUUUUAUGCUAGGAUGAUCCAAACUCAUUUUUUGGUAUUUUCUAAUGAAUUGCCUGUAAACUAAAACCGUCAAUGGUUUCAUAAGAGCAAGACUUUCUUAACCUAGAUGUUUUCUAUUAAAGAUGAGCAAAUCAGGGAACUAUUUGGUUCGGUCAUCAUGGGUUUUGAAUGAUCAAGUCUAGACAGUACAACAACAGACUGUCUCUGUGGAUAAGGAAAGACAAACAUGGACCCUUGACAAUAUCUUAAUGCCAAUAUCAGUGUUUCCAUGAUGAGCGUGCCCCCAUGUGGGGCUCGUUGGACAACCACAAAGAAAUGAAUGAAUCCUCAUGUGACCACAGAGAAGGAAGUGGCCCAGCUGGAUGAUGUCUGGGAACAUGUGACCCCCAUCAUGUGACUAAGUCUGGAAAUGAACUAAGUGAGCCACAAAGACUGCUUCAUAUGUGUGUAAUUUGUGCCACAGUCAUAGCUAUUAAAAGGAACACUGAGAGGUCCUCAUGUAGCUCCCCUGAAGGGAAGUCAGGACUGCGGUGUGGAAAAGUGCUCUGGCUUUAGUGGGUCAGGGUAAUGAAAAUAAUCAGCUUAAGAAAUAUUUCACAUUCUCCUUUUCGUAUUGAAUCAUAUCUGCACACCCUUACAGAUCUGCUCUCUGUUCUCACUCUGAUCUUGGUGUGAAAACAAGGAAACACUUCUUCUAGUUAAGAUACAGUUUCUUCCUGAAAGUUCUUCUCUCCCCUUAAAGAAAACUGUCCUCAUUAUUUUGACUUAGCCAUCUUCUUGUCUCUGUUUAUAAAUCAGCAUUCAAACCACAAUAAAAACAGGAAUUAAUCUCAACUAUAUCCUUUUGAACAAUGUUAUCUGUUUCUCUCUCAUGCACAACCUAGCUUAGAUUUCUAAACAAACGGCGCCACAGUUCACAUAAUCGACUUUUUUCUCCCCUGUGCUGUUACUAUUUCAUCACUGACAUCAGGCACAAGACCAAAUAAAGUUGGAUUACAUGAAGGGCAACAUUCAGUGCCAACUGACCAGGCUCAAUGACGUAGGAGAAUGGCACUGCGCACCGCAGGCCAGUGAUAAAAGUGGGCGUGAAGUUGUUAAAGGCCGUUUCCUGGCAAUGCAAACACACAGGAGGAGGGUUUUUGUGCUUGUGCGUGUGUGUUUGGGGGUGUUUCUGGUAACUACAAACAUUUUGGUUUUGGCAUCCGGGUGUGGCUGAAAAAAGGAUUUUUUUUUUUAAAUCCGAACUUUUCUCAUCCAUGUAACAUCACUCAUUGGGAUUUGAAGUGUGCGGUGUGCCCAUGCAGAAGAGCAGAGCUAUAAUUACAUCCAUAAAUCACGACCUGACAGCAUGGACGACUGUCUGCUCCGAGCUCUCUCUCUCUGCCUCCACCAUCUCACUUUAAGAGACAGAGGAAGGCUAAGUAAGGUGUAUGUUAGGGGUACUUGGAUUGUUUCUCAAAAAGCUGAAAGGAAUCAAUAACAAAAGAGAAGGAGAGCUGUGUGGGACCAGAACUGGAACAGAAUAAGACUACAGCAAGACAAUGCCAUGUUUGGUAAGAAAGUAAAAGAAGUCAUUUCCUUGUCAUUUGAACAAAUUUAAUUUUCCAUCCAGUUGGAAGAGAAGAAAUCACUCAGAAACAGUUUAUUUACUGUGUCUAAACAUGUGAUCACACAGCCUUCAGGUAAAUCAUGUCAAAGUGAUUUCCUAAAUGUGGCUAACUGUAGCAGAGCUAGCACCACCAGUCCUUUUUGCAGGUUAAAGUCCACAUACCUGGAUUUGUCAUUCAUUGCUUUUGUCUCAUUGAGCCUACACACAAUUUAAUCUCAGUUUCAUAGAGGAAAAUAUUGCUAGCAAACAGCGCUAUGCCACCAGAUUCUGUCUGUCACCUGUGCUUGUUUACAUCCUGAUAGUAGAGCAUUUGGCAGCAGGAGCUACAGACAUUGACGGGUGUUUGCAGUACAGCUCAGAUACAACACAUGACCGGUAUUUCAGGCAUGCAAUUAAAAAAGUAUUAACUUACAAGUAACUCUGGUGCAGACUGGCAAGGUUAAUAGAGCUUAAUCGUUAAGUAUAAUAACCUCCUUUUUCAACAAAAAUGUCUUUUUUUUUGUCUUGUUCAUACAGAAGCAGCUGUCUUGAUCUACAACAGCAUGGUAAUCUCUCACCUGCUCAUGUUGGCUGGCAAGUGGGCCAGCAGAUACAACACAGACAAGUAACAUGAGGUGUAUAACCUGAUCUGGCCCUGCAUUAUUCUGUAUUCUCAGUCUUACAACUUGACAGCACAGCAAGUGUGAGAUACCUCCAAACAGAUGAAAGCUCCCCUCCUCUACUUUUGAGCAGACUGGUGACUAAGUCACUCUAAUGGCAUAUAAUGUAGUGUAUAGAUGUAGAUAUGUAAAUAUGGAUAGAUUUGAAUGUAAGAGAUAUGCCAAGGAUUAGCCUCACAUUGUACAGAUACUCUGUCCUGUACAGAUAUUUGAGUCAGUAUAUAGGGCUGGGCAAUAAAUCAAAAAUUUAAAGAUACCAAAAUUUACAACAAAAACUGAUGUCAUUUUGCCCAUAUCGGUAUAUUCGGUGUCAAAAAAAAAAGUUGGUUUUGGAUGUGUCUAGGUAGGCUAUGGUCUCAUGUCCCUUUAAGAUGCUGUCCUACGUCAGAGACGUGACUCCAUGCCAUCCAGUCCUUAACAAAGAGGGAAAGACAGCUGAGGAGGUGGAGGACGGUUCAAAUGUUGUAGUGGCUGGAGCGGCGGUUGAAGUAGACAAAGUUAAUGUGGGAGGGGUUAAGCAGCUUGUGGAAAAGUUACCGUCCAUUUAUCAUUAUUGAGGUGAACUGCUUAAUAUAUUGUGAUAUUGAUUUAAGGCCAUAUCGCCCAGCCCUAUCAGAAUCUCAUAUUAGUAUCUGUCGUUCCUGUUCUUUGAGUAUCUAAGUUUGUAUAUAUACACACCAAAAAUCCCUGUGGUGUGCAUCCAGCAGUGUCUCAGAUUUCAGAGUUACUUAUGUCGAGAUCCGUCAAUGCUGAUAAUGUGUGUGCAUGAAACUGUGCUUGUGUGUGUGUGUUUGUGUGUGUGUGUGUGUGAGGGGUUGUCUGCAGCCAUGUGCUGUACAGCCAUGCCAAGCAGUUAGCCACAUCUGAAGAGGUUUGGCCUGCGCUUUGCAUGUUCCAGCGUGUUGCCCUGCAUGUUUCCAGGAGCACUGCUUCCCAGAACCCUAACCACACACACACACACACACACACACUUGCACUCAACAGCUUGUGCGGAGACUUACACACCCAGACACACACAGGAACUUUGGCUCAGGGGACUCUGGGAAUGGGAACCCAUGUGGGACGGCUGGGAGGACCAGAUGUGUUUAUGAGCAGCCGAGUUUCGGAUUGGGUUUCACACUGAUUCCUGGAGUGGCUGUGGACACUCACACACUUGUGCGCACAAACAUGCACACGUUGGUUAGACCUAUGGCUUAGGAAACACAGAGCACAUGGCGGCCUUGUCUGUUGCAUAAAGAGAGUGUUGUCACAUUGAGACUCCCUGGCCUAUUCUAAGAUUAGCUGUAGCACUGCAGCCCAGCUACGGUGAUCUGACUGCGCUUGACCGCUUCUACCUAGGCCUACGAAACCUGUCCGUGCUUUUCCCAGAUCAGUCUUUCAAAAACUAGUCUCAUCGCCGCUCGCAUCUAUUUCUGUCUAAUAAGUGAUCUUCAUCCCUACAAAGAUAAGUGUAAUUCAGUUAACUAGAUUCCUCAUCUGAUCCUUGACAACCGACACACUUCAGAUACGUCCUCCGUGUUCAUAAUAAGUCUGUUUUUUCUAGUAUUAGAGCAAAAUCUGGUUUAAAAAACACCAGAUUUUGGCUUUUUAAAAAGUACUUCUGCCUAUUACUUUGGUUUUCUGACUCACACAGUAUUUAAGCUUAAAUUGUGCAGAUUCUAGGAAUGACAUUCACAACCACCUAAGUAUCACCUCUUUCUUGAUAUCUUGCAAACGCUUCAGUCAAAUUAGUGCAUGCUGAAGUUUUACAUGAUUUUUAAGAUGGGGUUUGAGUUUUCAAAUAGGAUUUCCCAUAGUGUUCAGAUUUUUCAUUACUAUCAUGAAGAUGCUACUGCAUGUUGAGGUGUAUGUAAUGUGAAAGAGAAACCAAAAAGUGAUGGUCCAUGCAUUCAUAGCCUGAAGAUAAAGUGUUUUUGGCAGACUGAACCUGAGUUUUUGCUUUAAAGCUGUGGUUUGUUCUCCCUCAUGCAGACCUUCGGCCCAGUAGUUUCUGCUGCCAGACUGUUACCAGUCGACAGACCAAACUCCUUUUUCUGGACACUUGUACACCGCUGUAUAAUGCCCAUUGUUAGCAUGUUAGCCAUUGUUGCGAGCACUGCAGCCGUUAAACAGAGCAAAUGUUCCACCCAUUCCCACUUCUCCUAUCUUCUGUCUUUUUUUCUUUCUAUUUCUGCUCUUUUUCUGUCAUCACUGCAAUCUGUCGGUUGUUUUUCUCGCUCAUUCUCCUCCCUGCAUUUUACACAUCCUCACAACGCAUGAAAACAGAGCUGUACCUGGCUAAUGAUCAACUGAGUCCCUCGUGAGCACAAAUCCAGCCAUGUUUCUAGUGUAUAUAAUAUUAACCCACACUCACAGGCUCAGGGCUCAGUUGCUGGUAGCUAGCUGAGGUCAAAAGAGCAAGGAGUCGAGGGUGAAGAGGGGUGAGGGACAGUCACUUAAAAUGUUCAGCUGCACCUGUCGGCUUCCUUUAUUUAGUUGGGAAAGAAACAUCCUGUUCUGAUGCCCAGACACUCCUGUGAAACCCAGAGUGUCACCUCCUGCUGGUGAGCUGCGUGAUAGGAUUAAAAAGCAAAUAAAGGAGGAGCUGCAUGUCAAGUUAGGACAUGAUAUUAUUGUGAAAGGUUUGUGACACAGUAACUCUGCUGUACACUGAUUAAUAAUGCAUGAACUUCUAUUUUGUUUUCACACUCAGAAGUGCACACGAGGUUUCUUUUUUAUUCACAUUAACAUACAUUAGCCACGGUUUGUUUGUUUUUUGGUUUUGCACCAUCUGUUCAAGACAAUGUCAGUUUUUGGGAGUGUUUCAGACUGUGUCCUGUUGUGAAAUCUGCUUUUGCUUUCAACACUCCACAACUUGCUGCUUUUUUUUUGUAUUCAUCAAACUUUGGCAGGAAAGCUGUUUCUUGUUUAAGUGCCAUCAUAAGAAACCAUAAUGUAGAUUAAGCAAGCAUCCUUCUCACGUUAUGUAUGAAUUGGAAGCAGUGAUAAUAUGUUGGUUUCAUUUUUUAAAAAGUGUUUUGUAGAGGAACUGAUCGGCAUUACUCAUCCAGUCAUAAUAGCAUUAUUUCACCACAUGACAGCAGGUUGUGAUGGGGAAUUCCUGGCUGCAUGUCCAUCGAGAAAGACUCAAUCAAACACACAGCAGCUCUCCUCAAGUGAAGCCAAAACUUUCAGAGACUCCCACUGGUGUCUGGGUUCUGUGUCAGCCUUUUUUUACAAUAUAUAUUCUUGUAUGAUACCUUUUUAAGAUAUUUAUCUCUGUCCAAGUCAUACUACUGUCUAGCUUAUUAGCCUCAUUUUAUCAUUAGCAUGGUUAGCAUUGUUAGCAUUGUAGUUAGCAGAUGAUAUAAAAAUUCUUGCAUUGGAUGCUAAGGCAAGGCAGAAUCCCCCAAACCAAAAGGCCAUGCCAGAUUACAUACACACUAAUAAAACACUCCCUGUUAGCAGGCAGGUACAGUCUUGUACACUUCAUAUGGUAAAAGUUUAUUUAGCCUUCUUGUCUUCUCGACCCCUCCCUCCCUUUUUUUCCCCUUUUUUCCUCAGCUCCCAUUUUUCCGAUCACACCACCAUCCUCCCUUUUGGUUCUGUGUUGGUUCCACAUGAUUUUUCACUGUUUACCUCUUAGUCUUUAUGAACAUUAAUGUGGCUAGCCUCUCAAUUUAGUCCUCUUUCUCACAGUCCUCACAUUGCUGUACUUUCCAGUACCACUUUGGUUUGACCCUUAGUGGAAAAUACUCUUUGCUCUGUAGUUUAUUUAGGUUAUUGUUGCCAAAUCACAAAUAAAUCAGGCUUUGAUUGCCAGAAAUCGAAUGUCACAUGGACCCACAAGUUGCAUGUUUACUGGACUUGGUUGACUGGUAAACGCUCUUCUGUUUUAAGCUUGCAUAUUUGGGAUUCAUGUUGUCAAAACAUUAGAUUGGAGUUACUGUACCUUCCUCCAAACAUGACGAACUUGUCUGAGCUCUUUGCCGGUAAUUCGAUAUCUUGAAGAAAGAUUUGAUUUCAUCCAGAGGUCAAUUGAACCUCUGUUUAUCUUUGUAGUUUUGUCUUGGUCAGCUCUCCUCCCUCUUUGUCUAUUUAGGGGGAUUAAUUCCAGAUUCCAUUGUCAGCCCCGUCAUACUGUACUGCAGCACUUCUGCAAUGUCGGUAUGCGCAGGUUUUGGUUGGCAUUGUUCUCACAUGCCCCUCCAUAAACCCACAAAUGUAGUGAAUGUUUUAGAGUGCAUUUAAACACCUCCGUACAGACGUGAAGGCACCAAAGACUAGUCGAGACCUGAUGCUGGAGGAAACUUUGCAUCCUCCCACACAUUUAUCUCAGUUCAAAGAGGCACAGUUACAGUUUGUAUCCUCCUUCUCAAACCUGCUACUCUUCCUCCCCUUGAUAAUAAUGAAUUUAUACAGUAAGGCUCCAUGCCCUUUAUGUCUUUACAGUGUUAGUGCCCUACUGCAAACUGUAUGAGCAGGUGACAGCUGGAAUCAGGUUACCUGUUUUUAUUGACUGUGUUCCGUGAAAGCUGUGUGAGGAAAUCAGUGCUGCUUAUUCAUUAACAAACACUAGUCAGCAAAGGAUUUUACAGUUACAGUUGAAAAUAUCAAAAAGAAGGAAGCUUUUAAUAAAAGGCACCUGACCUUUUUUUCCGCUUCAUGUAUUCAAAGUGUUUUAGCUGAUCUGUAGGUCGAAAACUCUUCCUGAAGUUCCACAAGCUGCCAAAUACACGUUUUGAAGUAUGCAUGGCUGCAGGCUUGGCUGCAGCAGCCAUGCAAUCACUGUAGACACCUCCGCUCUGUUGAUGCAGUUGUACACCAUGUGUUAAGAGUUGGCUGACCUUGUGACUGUUACAAGGAUAAGUAUGCUGCAGCAUGUGCUUUGAAUUAUCCUUAAUAAUAAGACAUCACUGUUGAUCUUGUCUUUAAAAUGAAGCAUUAAAAAGGCCUCAAUCAGCUGUGUUGUGAGGAUUUAUGCUGCGUUCCAAUUACCUUGGUAGUCGGAUGUCAAGCUGGGAAUGAUGUCACACCCGAGGUGACAGCGUUCCAGUUAACAAGUCCGAAAACAAAGAUGGACGCCUACAUUUACCCGUUGUUAGCCGUUAUUUACAAGUGUCAGCUGUAGUUAGUGAUUGUCAGCUGUAGUUAGUUGUUGUUAGCUAUACCAGUUGUAAACAAUGCACAACACAGUAUUUUACUCUACAAGCACCAUAGCACCGUGUUAAAAGUUAGAUGUUGGGCAGUACAACAUAUACCACUUAUUUAAUUUCACAAAAACAAAACAGAAGUGCUAAUAAACAAUACAUUACGAGAGCUUUCACUGUUACUCUUUACUGUUGAUGCACUGUGCUGCCAUCUUCGAUUAUGACGUUGUCGUCAAGUUGGGGUUGGUGAAGAUCGUCCAACUUUCUGAGUUGAAUAUCUGACUUCAGGGGAGCGUUCCAGAUGAAUUUCUGACUCAGAGUUCAGAAAUUCCAACUUUCAAGUACAACCGGAAUGCAGCAUUAUUUUACACUUGAAUCAGGGACUUCCAGUAAUGGUGGCGUGCUAGGCAGAUGUGAUAUGAUAUUAACCUAGUCGCUGUAUUUUACGAGGUCUCUGAUGUUGUCUGCACUUGGAAAAUUGAGCAGGCGACACACAAAAAGUUUACAACCAAGGAUUUCUGACUUCAACGCGGCUAAGAAUAGCAGCUAGGUUAGCCCUAAAGCUAACAACACGCAGAGCGAGGCUGCUGGAAUCACCAGAGAAAACAUGAACAAGGACGUUCUCGAUGCCAUCAAAGGUCUGAAGCAUGACCUCUCAAAGAGACUUGACGGAAUAGUGAUUGCAAUUCAUGGAGUGAAAAAGGAAAUAAGUGAGUGGAUUGAACGUAUUGCUAAUGCCAAGGUCCGCAUCUCUAAUACUGAGGGUGAUGUGGCUAAUCUCCAGGCCAAAGUUUGUACACUAAAAAUGUGAUUCAGAAAGCUUGAACAUCUCAGACACGGCAGCUAUAAAGCUGUUUAUUCUGCUGACAGACACUGUAUUUAAACAUUAUUCUGGAGUGGCGGUCUAAUCCAGACAGAAAAUACUCUCCCAGUCAGUGCGAGAGCCCGUGGAUGGAGAUGUCAGGCAGCACGCUUCACCCCGGUUUUUCGUGUCUCACAGAUCCCUCCGCACAGUUUGCUGUGAGCACUGACACACACUGUGUUAACUGCGCGCAACAAGCCGCAGACUGGAGGGAGAGAGGGAGGAAGACGGGGAGUGGGAAGUGAGAAAGAUGGAGAGAAAACAGAAACGUCAAAGGUUCACACAAAUGUUCCCCAGUGAGGGAAGUGAUUCGACCAAGUCAGGUUUCUGUUUGAGCAAUUUUGCUUUUCAGAUUGUGAUUUAUCACUCUAAUCCUUUAAUUCUCUCAUCCUGUAUUUCUUUCUCAUUUAAGUUCAGCAUAAUCCUCCUUAAAUUUGAUAUUUCUCCUCAAUAAAGAAGUCUGUUCUUUCGCUCCAACCACGAUUUCUCAAACAAGCAGAUCACGUUUCAUUAGUUGUACAAAAAUCUGGCUUAAAAUUCCUGUGACAGCUGGAGGGAAGCAUCCAGAGAGACUUAAGUGAGACAAAUAAGAGUGUGCUUUAAGUUGUGUGUGUGUGUGUGUGUGUGUGUGUGUGUGUGUGACCACCAAGCGAUGAGGUAAACGUCAGCAGCAGGGAGGUCAGUCAGGGUCAGGAGACGUAACCGGACCCUCUGCUCAAGUAUGUAAGAGGAUAGAAAGCUCCUGUUUUCAGUCUGGCACAAACACACACUGAGUUUUUUUUUUUUUUUUUUUUUUUUGAGGAAUGCGGACAGUCAGACUAGAAAUAACUCAUCUGUGUUUGAGGACAAACACACACACAUACACUCACAUUCACAAAUGUAUGUACACAAACGGAGGAGUGUUUUCGGUUUGGCUAAGGUUCGACAUGCUAAGAGUGGUUGCUGCCUGUCAACACACUCAAGAAGAGGGUGGACACGGUGACCACAGAGUCCAGUCCUACCUCAGUUUCGUCCCGUCAACAGGAGAUCUGGACUGCUUCUUCAUAACAACCGUCUCCAUGGCAACUCCUCUCUGCUGGCUCUGUUUUGAACACAAACUGGCUCCUGCUGUCUCUGUAUGACUUGAAUAAAAGGCCAGACCUCCCUGCUGUAACACACUUCUCUGUUGUUGUUACAUGCACUUACACAUACAGUCUGUCAUCCUGAGGGCCCUCACCUUCACACAAACAGCCGCUCUUAUCAUCUGUUUGUGUCGGUGAACAUCUAGACUUGAUAUCUCUGCAGGAAGAAGAUGACUCCCAGUAUCUGCUCUUUACGAAGAGAGAUCAUUUCUCAGUUUUUUUUAUUCUGAUCCUGCUGGGUUCUUCACAAGCUCAUGACGCUUCCAGGCUGACUUCUGUUUGGGCUAACUGAGUCAAAUCCUCAAAUUACAACUCAUAGUGUUUUGGUGACCAGACGGGCAAUUACCUGUGUCACAGUAACCUUCAUUUCAAAACAAGUUUGCCUCAGGAGACCUCUCAUGUCGUCUUUUGUCACCACUGAACUUAAACGCACCCAGAGAGUUUGAAGUAUACCGACUUUUAUCUUCUCUCCCGCACCUGUUUUCAGAGGGAUAGUUUAUGGAUAUUUGUAAGAUAUUGAGGCUGUAAUUAUAGUUUGUUAUUUUAGGAUGAAACUAAUCUGCAUGGAUUAGCUGUUUAACGGCAUCAACAAAAAGAUAGAAUAUUGAUCUUUGUCUUUAUCUUUUUCAUAGACCUUUAUUUUUAAAUUCCCAGUUCACGACCAUGUCUCUGUUUGCACCCAGGCACCAGGUCAAUAUGGCAGGCAGCCAAGAAAGAGCCUGAUAAUAUGGGCUCUAAUAUUUACUCCUAUCCCGGAGAAGAAUUUGCUAGGUAGAAAUAUUUGUGGAUUCCCAGGAAAUGAUGGGUCAACAGGCAAAGCACGUGUCCCAUGUAAACACUGCUGCUACGAGAUAAAACACUCAGGAGACACAACAAACCCGGUCUGACAUCUGAAAAUGAAACACAGCACUGACCUUUGUGCGAGUGUACGACCUGCACCACAACACUAGGAAUCUGGCCCAGGUUUAAAAAUGCAUCAGCCAAAUCUUUGCAUUUUUAUUUCAAAGAGUAGCUUGAGUUUCAUUAGUAGCAAUCUGAAUAUUGGCAAAAAUCCAUUAGUGUAUAUAGGUGCUAAGAAUAAGAAUUAAGGUCCUUUCACACCGGGACCGUUUCUUACGUGCGAUUAUUUCGGACGUCAAUUUUUUUUUUCGUUUGGUGAAGUUGUCACUAUAUAACAAAUCGAAAUCUAAAGUUGAGGUUUUAGAGGAAAAAUUUUUUAAAAAUUUAAGGGAUUUUAUUUUUGGCCAAAAUUGUGCAGCCCUAAUUGGUGCAUAUUUGUAAGAGAGUAUAUCAAUAUACUAUUAUGUUUUCAAACGUGUGCCUCCUUAUUUGAAUAAAAAUCAAAUCUUGAGUUUGAAAGAAAAAUGUUACUGUUGUUCACAAAUAAUGCUUAAUUAUUGUUAUGUUAAAACUGCUAGAAUAUCCAAUUUUCCUGUAGAGCUUCAUUUAAACUGUCAGCAAAUAUAUUUUGCUCUGAAUUGCCAAAGAAAGCGAAGUAAUGCUUCAAGGCCUCUUUUCUUAUCUGCAGUCUUUUUUUAAAUGCUUUAUAUGCAAACAGCAAACUCAGUCAUUGUGCAUCAUCCAUAUUUAUGAAGUCGGUUUCUAUUUAUUCACACAAAACUGAAUAUUAGAUAGUAAAAGGGAAUUAAAAAAAAAAAGGGAACAAAGUCUUGUAUUAUUUAAAACUUCCACAAUAUCGUUUAUCCAGCGUCAAAUAUUUACAAGAAUCCUUUUUUGAUUAUCCUCAACACACUUUUGGUCUGAAAGUAGCUCCCAUUCUGACAGAUAAAUGUGGAUAUUCUCAGUAUGUGAACACCUCAUGAUUAUCUUGCUGCUUGACUCUACCCUCAUUACUUUUGCCAUCAUCCCUGUGUCUCUUUAUGUAAACACAGGUAGUGAUUUUUCUCCGAUAAAACAUUAGCCCACAUGCCCGUCAGUCGUCUGUCAGCCAAUAGGAUUUGAGCCCCGGUCUGCUCGUUCCAGUCUCAGCGGCUCUUGCAGUAUUUUUCUGUCCUCGCCUCAGUGCAGUGAGAGUUAAUCUGCUACUAGGCUGCUUAAUACGCACAAAGGGAAAACACACAGUAACCUGCUUCCUCAGUAUGCAGCACCAGAGCAAAGGUUUGAGUAUCAGUGUGUGGACUAGAGUUUUCUUUUUCCCCCACUUCUGGUUUCUCUGCUUGAUCACAUGUCGGAUAGGUGUUUGGAUAAUAUCUGCUAAACUUAUCUGAACCGUUUAAGCAGAUAAGAAACAUCAAGGACAAUGUGACACCCCAUAGAUAGAACAUAAUGUCCCGUAUUUACGUGUAAUUAUGGGUAAUUAGGAUCUGUCUUCAUGAUAGCUUUACUCUGUUAAUGCUUCAAUCUUUGACAGAUACUCUGAUAGGGAGAUCAGCAUUCAAGCAGCCUGGCAGGGAAGACAGCUGCUGAGUCUUUGAACCAGAUCUUCUCCCCCUGUGGGUCGAUACAGUCUGUGUCUCUGACUCCGUCCAAGGACCCCAGCAAAGACACUAUACACACUUAGCUGGCAUACCCACUCUGGAGAGCUGUGUUGUGUUAUUUUACUGGUGGAGGAGUGUGAGGUGGGCAGAUCAAAGACUAGAAACUGUUUUAAGCUGAUUUUUUUCUUCCCUCAGUCGGUGUUCACCAUCUCAUCCUCUCUGCUCUAGAAAAAAAAAUCAUAAAAGUGGAAGACAAAGCCUGGUUCCUACCAACUGGAUUAGACAUCUUCACAACACUGCCCACUUAGCCUGUAUUUAGGUUGGAUUAUCCCUAAAAGAUUGCAUGGUCUUCCAUGGUCUGCAAUGACAGUUUUUUUUUUUCUAAGACAAAGCAAUUGGGGGGGAAAUCACUAGUGGCACCGCGAUACGAUAUUAUCAUGACACUUGGGCCACGAUGCGAAAUUAUCAUAAUACUUGGGCCACGAUAUGAUAUUACCACGAUACUUGGGCCACAAUACGAAAUUAUCAUGAUACUUGGGCCACGAUAGGAUAUUAUCAUGAUACUUGGGCCAUGAUACGAAAUUAUCAUGAUACUUGGGCCACGAUAGGAUAUUAUCCCGAUACUUGGGCCACGAUACGAUAUUAUCACCAUUCUUGGGCCAUGAUACGAAAUUAUCACCAUUCUUGGGCCACGAUAGGAUAUUAUCACGAUACUUUGGCUACGUUACAAUAUCACCACGAUACUUCGGCCACGAGAUACAUUUUCAUAGAUUUGACCUCAUAUUAGCAAUUAAACUGAAGAAUCGAUACUUGGUCAGUGAGACGAUAUGAUAUAUCAACAGACAAAAUAUCACAAUACUAUGCUGUAUCAAUUUUUUUCUCCAACCCCUACUAGCAAUGCAGAUAGCAACGAUUUUAACUACUUUUAACAUUAUCACAUCCUCUAUUACUGAAAGGGACAAACUGUUCAGUAAAGCCAUCUUUAGUCUUUGUUUUAAUCACUUUGUUUCCUGACCUCACAUCCACUCAGUUUCUGUGUCCACACCCAAAAUGAGAAGUGAAAAAAUAAAUGUGACCUCUGAACUGAGGUCUUGUUUUCUUGAAACAUGUUAACCUUGUUUUUAAAUCUGUUGAAAAUAUUGAUUGAUGCUGUUUGACAUACAUUUUGAAUAUAUUAUCUAAUAAGUGAUGGUGUCAAAGGUCAGCGUUUUGUUUGCCUUUUUUUUUUUGAGCUGCGAGGAAGGAGUCAAAAAGUCAAUCAUAAACCCUCGGACUUGAUCACUUUUAAAGGUUUAACAAAUCCAACAUGCAGCUCUCAUCACUAAGAACAGGAAGGAUCACGGGGUCACUUCUGCAUUCCAGGGUGUCUUUUUACUGCAGGAAGCAGCCUGUGAGACAUGAGCCAGCGCUUCCUGUCAGGGCGCACAGUGGACACACUCACCUUUCACAACACUGUGCCACUCUUAACUUCUAACUGGCCUCAGCCCAUAAGCUGUACAUCCGCAGGCCUAACCUGCAAGCUGCAGCACUUUUAGGGGGCGAAAGGGUCUGAUUACACCCCCCCAGAGAGGAGCGGUGUCCCUGUCACACUGGUGUUUUUCUGCAUUGAAGCAGCGUGCCACUAUCUGGGCAUCCAGGGUGACAGAGCCAAGAGUAGAUGAGAUACCAGAGGCCAGCAUGAGGUCUGGGAAUGUUGUUUUCCCCCUUCUUCUAUUCUGUAUGUUAUCUUUUUUUUUUCCAAUACCUUUGCUGUGUGUGACGGCAGCUGCUGUUCCCUGUAGUUGAAUCAUGGAGUUUAUGACUCUCCAAUUCCAGCAAAUCCCCCCACAGCACCCCUCCUCAACCUUGAGAACAAACAGCUGAACAUUUGACCUGAAUUUAUGGGAAAUGUUAUUUGGAGCUCAUCACUCUGGAGGAAAAAAAAGCUCAGGGAGAAUAUUUCAGGUCAUCAGGCUACCAAGGGUUGAGGAAACUAAGUCCACAUUUGAUGUUAAAUUUUUAUUAGGACCAUCCAGUCUUUGUAGGUGGCUGUCUACCAGUGAGUCUAAUGCUGUUCCAAGUUUCUACCUAUGGACAUUUCAUUCAUUUUCAUACUUAAUUUCAUUCAGUUAAUAUUUAAAACAUUCAAUACAAAUGAGGAAAAAUCUCAAACGUAAAUGAAAAGUAGCAGAAAGAAGAAAACGUUUAUAGAGUCUGUCCCUCUUUCAUAAGAUAUUAAUCAACUAAACAAAUAAUUCAAUAAUAAAUGAUUAAAAUCUGCAACAUACUGAAAUGUGCUAACUUACUGAUUUUAGAUUUCUUGCUGCUGUUAAAUGUUCGCAGAUACUGUAAGUGAUGUAUUGUGUCUCGAUAGUUUCAUCAUGAGAAAGUUUCAUCAUAAUACAAAUUAUAAUCCAAGGAGGGACCAAACUAGUUUCUUCCACUGUUGACGCCUGUUGAUUUAAAGGUUCUUUUGUCAGGCUUUUAUUUUUAGCCCGCAGCCUCCUGGCUGAACACGGCCUCCCUAUGGAAUACAGCAGGUUGUUGUUUUCCUGGUCACAAAUGGCCGGGGACGUAGAGGAGGAAGCCGAUUGAGGAGUAGUGUGCUAUGUUAGUAAUGAAGGUGAGCUAUUUCUGAGAAGCCAAACAUGUUGUUCACUUGGAGUUACAGCUCCAAGGUGGUGGGUUUAGUGUUGUUUUUGGCACAUGUGUGUACUGUGUUCAUUCUGGCAGCAGAACAAUAGCAGCUCUGGCACAAAGGAUGGUUGGAGCAGGGUACGGCACAGAGGCCAAGAUGACUCAGUGUGCUUUUUCGCUUGUGUGCAUCAAGUAAGCGAGAUAAUCUGACACACUGAGUCUGACCAAGUUUAUUUAGUUUGCUAAAUCAGAUUUAGUGCCGCAUUAUAGUUGAAACAGGAAGUGCAUGUAAACACAGGGCUGUAAUGUAACUAUGGGGGGCCUCUGGGGAGGCAGAGAGCAGCUGGGAUUCCCCUAAAGUUCCCUCCAGUUAUACAAAAACAGCUUGAGAGAUAUCCGCUCAUAAGCACUGCAGAAACUUCCUUUUGUCCUGUACCCCACAAACUACUCUGCUGAGGUAACACUGUUAGCUGGUGUGGGAUCAUUUUUCUUGCUGAUAAUUCGCCUGUGUAGAAAGCAUAACAGGAUUUCUUCCCCUCCAGCGGUAUUGGAGUUUGAUUUACAAGGUUUUGGUGUCAUUCCUCAGAGUAAAAAAAAAACAAAAUGUCCUUACUGUUCAAGUCUGAUUGUCAGAAGUCUUUCUAAAAGUAAUUCAUCAAACAAAAUAAACAGAGACUCAAGUGAAUUAUCCACCAAUUAUUGUCAGAUAUGAACACAAUAUGGUGCUAGACAAGUUUUGUUUUAGAUCAGUAUACCAUUUAUAACAUGUGACAGGCAGCAUUUUCUACACAGUUAUUUCCAGUGUUGAUUUGGUAUCAAACUUUCUUUCAAAAUUAUUUUUAUUAAGUUUUCCUUGGACAUAUCUAAACAGUAAAUAUCAGGGACAAGGGAUUCACUGAAACACCUAAAAAGAAAGGAGAUAGAUAGAUAGAUAGAUAGAUAUCAAAGUAAAAACAAUGCCAAAAUCAUACAGAAUCUGAUCAUACAAAAAAAAGCAAUUUUAAUCAAAUAAAAUAACCAUAUAAUGAAAAAAGAAAAAGCAAAACAAACAAAAAAAGAGUAAAAAACUAAAAGAUGUUGUUUCUUUUACACUCAAACUAAAGGAAAACACUUAAAUUUCAUGUCUCUCAUCCUGCCUGUUUAACUUCUGCUUUAAUAAUUCCCUCUCCCUUCAUAUUCUCAGAUGUGCACCCCAGCCAACACACCAGCGACGCCCCCCAACUUCCCGGACGCGUUGACCAUGUUCUCCAGGCUGAAAGCGUCUGAGAGCUUCAACAGCGGCAGCGGCGGUAGUCCUAUGGCCGCCUCCAUGGCCACCUCACCCCCGCCCCCUCAGGUUGGCGGCUGGGGCAUCUCACCAAACGUACCUAAUGUGCCGCAACCUCCACAAGGACUCUGGACUCAGGGGCAGCCCCCGACACAGCCCUGCCCUGCUUGGCCCACGGGGGUAAACCCCCACACGGGUGCGGAGCAGAAGGCUAGUGUAGCGAUGGAGGCUGAGAGAUGA